AUGGCAGAUAACCAAAAGUGGUAUUUUGCCUAUGGAUCGAAUAUGUUUUCGGAUGUCUUCAUCGGAAGACGCAAGAUCCAACCUCUCAGGUCCGAAGUUGCUGUGGUUAAAACGCACACCCUCUGCUUUAAUAUUAUGGGUGUUCCAUACACAGAUCCUGCCAUGGGAGGCUUAUGCUCGGCAGAAAAUCAGGAUCUUCCAGUAUACGGCAUUGCAUAUCUUUUAUCCCCGGACGAAAUGAAAAAGGUCAUCAUUAGCGAAGGUAUAGAUGCGGAAUAG